AUGCGUCUGCUUUUUCAAGCUUACUUUCUUGCUAUCUUUUUCGUAAUGACCGUCAAAGGCGAUGGAGCUUCUCCAUUCUGUCCCAAGCCGUACGACAAGAUGAUGAUAUGCAACCUGAUGUGUAACAUUCUACAGGAUUCAAGCUCGAACGACGCCAUGAAAAUGUUACAAGCGAAGCUGGAAAGUCUCAUUGCUGUGUUGAACAAACCAGGGAUAGCACAAAAACCAGGUACAUUGUUGCAGACGUGAACGACUUUUAAAGCUCAGUGAGGGUUGUUAAGCCACAAGCAGUGCUUCUAACCAAAAGAAAACUUCACCCGGGAGUGAAUUAUAAUAAAAUCUCGCUCUUUCCACGAAGCUAUCUUAUGGUCCCGCGUUUUGCAUUUUAUUUAGCCAGAAAGCCCGUACGAAGUAGUUAUUAAUUAACAGCAGAAUUUUUGACCUUCUUACAGCCGUUCCCGCUUCCCCGUGCCAGGAACAGUAUGAGAAACAUAGGUGAGUUCCGAGAAACAGGUAAUGUCAUGAGAAAGGUGAUUUUUCAGUCAGUGACACAGGCACGGAAGGAAAAAUCCGAGUACUCCCAACAGAAGUCGAACCUAUGAUCUUAAUUCUUUCUUGUCACUAGUCCAGAUGCUCUACCACUGACCUACAGGAGACUCGUGAAAGCUAGGGACACUAAACUAGGUUCAAAUAAAUACUGACAAAAAGGCAAUCAUCGCCAACAGACACUGUCCUUUUCUAUUUUAAAACCAGCUUUUUAAUGUUUUUCUUCGAAAGUUUGACACCGUCAAUGUAGAACAGGAGUUGUCGAGAAAUACAAAAUCCUAGAUGAAGUAAAUCUGACGUUCAUUAUGUUCAAUUUCAUAGAUCCACAAAAAGCCAAGUGUACACGCUGAAGUUUGGUUCGCAAAAGAUUCCUGUUUACUGUCACAUGGGCAACUUUGGAUGCGGAGAUGGAGGGUGGACGCUGGCCAUGAAGAUUAAUGGCGCAAAGGUAAACGAUUGUCCUGGCAUGCGGAAGUUAUGUAUAUAGUGUAAAGCUAAUGGGUUCUUGUUUGUAUUUCAGAAAACUUUCCAUUACAACUCUGGGUUUUGGAGUAACAAGAAUCCCUAUAACCUUCCAGGAGGUAAGACCGGGUUUGACGAUCAAGAGACUAAACUGCCAACCUACUGGAACACAUCCUUCUCCAAGAUCUGCCUGGGUAUGAAGAUCGGCCAGCAGAUCAAGUUCAUUGUUAUCAACAAGAAUGCCGCUUCUCUGCAUUCACUGAUCGCAGACGGGAAGUAUCGCGCCACGUCACUGGGUCGUAACACGUGGAAGAAGCUGAUUGGUUCUCAGGCUUCCCUGCAAACCAAUUGCAACAAGGAGGGGUUCAAUGCGGCGAGCACCAGAUCCAUCCAUGCUAAGGCAAGAAUCGGUAUCCUUGGAAAUAACGAACGAGACUGUGGUAACUGUGAUUCCAGAAUUGGGUUUGGAACGGGAGGACACACUGACGAUUCCAACACAUGUGGGAACAACGCUGUUAAAGGACAUACAUCGGAUAAUGGAGCGAGAAACAUAAAAGCCAUGGGAUAUAUCUUGGUACAGUAA